CCUGCCGUGGUCUCUCCGUCCCUCGGUCUCCGGCGCCAUGGAGGAGGAGGAGGAGGAAGCGCGGGCGCUGCUGGCGGGCGGCGCCGGGGAGGCGGACGUGGGCGCCCCUGCCGCGCCCCGGCCGCUGCCGGCCCUGUGCGACCCCAGCCGCCUGGCGCACCGCCUCGUGGUGCUGUUGCUGAUGUGCUUCCUCGGUUUCGGCAGCUAUUUUUGCUAUGAUAAUCCCGCUGCUCUGCAAACUCAGGUGAAACAGGAUAUGCAGGUGAAUACCACGAAGUUCAUGCUGCUGUAUGCCUGGUAUUCGUGGCCCAACGUGGUCCUGUGUUUCUUUGGUGGCUUUUUGAUAGACCGAGUAUUUGGAAUACGGUGGGGCACAAUAAUUUUUAGCUGCUUUGUUUGCAUUGGACAGGUUAUUUUUUCUCUGGGAGGAAUAUUUAAUGCUUUUUGGCUGAUGGAAUUUGGAAGGUUUGUGUUCGGGAUUGGUGGGGAGUCCUUAGCUGUUGCCCAGAAUACAUACGCCGUGAGCUGGUUUAAAGGCAAAGAAUUAAACCUGGUGUUUGGGCUCCAACUUAGCAUGGCUAGAAUUGGAAGUACAGUGAACAUGAACCUCAUGGGCUGGCUGUAUUCUAAGAUGGAAGCUUUGUUGGGCUCUGCUGGUCACACGACCCUGGGGGUGACGCUAUUGGUCGGGGGCUUAACGUGUAUUCUUUCCUUAAUCUGUGCCUUGGUUCUCGCCUACCUGGAUCAGAGAGCAGAAAGAAUCCUUCACAAAGAACAAGGAAAAACGGGGGAGGUGAUCAAACUGACAGACGUGAAGGACUUCUCCUUACCCCUGUGGCUCAUCUUCGUCAUCUGUGUGUGCUACUACGUCGUGGUCUUCCCUUUCAUUGGGCUGGGGAAAGUUUUCUUCAUGGAGAAAUUUGGAUUUUCUUCCCAGGCAGCAAGUGCAAUUAACAGCAUUGUGUAUGUCAUAUCAGCGCCUAUGUCUCCAGUGUUUGGGCUCUUGGUGGACAAGACGGGGAAGAACAUCAUCUGGGUCCUGUGUGCGGUGGCGGCUACCCUUGUGUCCCACAUGAUGCUGGCCUUUACCAUGUGGAACCCGUGGAUUGCCAUGUGUCUACUGGGACUGUCCUAUUCACUGCUGGCCUGUGCAUUGUGGCCAAUGGUGGCAUUUGUAGUUCCUGAACAUCAGCUGGGAACUGCCUAUGGCUUCAUGCAGUCCAUUCAGAAUCUCGGGCUGGCGGUCAUCUCCAUUGUUGCUGGCAUGAUCCUGGACACCCGGGGAUACUUGUUUUUGGAAGUUUUCUUCAUAGCCUGUGUUUCUUUGUCACUCUUAUCUGUGGUCUCACUCUAUUUGGUGAAUCGUGCCCGAAGAGGGAACCUGAAUUAUUCGGCAAGACAAAGGGAAGAAAUGAAAUUUUCCCAUACUGAAUGAGAAGCAUGAAGGGCUGUGUUGUGAGAAUGAAUUACACACAUCAUUGGUUUGUAAAAAAAUGUAGUCAUUAGGAAAAAAGAUGGACUGGCACGUUACACUGGCAUCGCAGGUACCCCUUGGAGAGUGUGACUGUCCACCUGUGUGCUCUGCCGUGCAUUGCUGGAGAAGGCUCCUCUUUCAGAGUGGGUCAUCGCCAGGAAACACUGGAAAACUGCAACGUUGCAGGAAACUUCAGGAAGUAAAUCACAGAGAACAUGGGAUGUUUGUGUUGGGUUUUAUGUAAGAUAUUGUAGGAAUCUUAUCUUUUAAGCACAGCAGGAAACUUGGGACUGGCACCACCAGCCAGUCACACCCCCAGUCACACUGGCCGGUGGUGCUGUCCUCUCGGGGGGCUUGAGGGCUGCUCCCGGGUCCCUGGUGAGUUCUCACCAGUUACUGAGAGUCCUACCCUCUUAGGCACAUAAACUGAUAGUACACAUUUUCUGUAGCUUUUUCUAACGCUCUGAUAAGCAUCCGUUUGCGAUGGUAACUUCCUACCUAGUUGAUAAAAAUAGCCCCACUUCAAAUACCUGGUGUCUUUAAACUUCUGAGUUUUUACUAAACCAUUGAUUUUAAUUAUUCAUGUGGAAGAUUAUCUGUAAGAAAACCCAAGUUGGCAUAAAGAAAGUCUGCCUGUUACUUUACCGAAAAAUCACAUUUCUCCAGUGUAGGAUUUUAAGUAGCAGCUUUGCUUAUUUUGUUAAAUAAAAUGGGAAUAUGAAGAUUCUCUGGCACACCUUAAGGCAACUUUUGAUGGACUUUGCACUUUAUUACUCAACGUCCAGGGGUCUUCCAUGUGUUUGGCUAGCUUGGCUUGCAGAUCUUUUAGACAGCAAAUACAAAAUCACUGUGUGUAGCUGCGUAUCUAAUGAAAGAUGUAUAUCAUGACAAUUGUAUGCUUGGAAAAGUUCUGAACAUACUGAAAGUGCAUUCCUGACUUAGAGCUAAUAAUGGUGUUAUUAUCCAUGUGUUGAUCUGCCAUGUGACUGUGCUAGCACAUGGCUAUGCCGGUGAGAGGGGUUGCAGGCAGUGGACGCUGCUGCUGCUGCCGCCGCAGGACACAUGUGGUCUAGCCCCUACCUCAUUCUCUCCACUGCCUCUGUGCUGCAGCCACAGGCAGCUGCUUCUGUUUCCACGUGGCUGUAUUCAUCCCCUCAGGGCUUUGUUCAUGUUACUCCCUUGGUGUAGAGGUUUUUCUCCCGGGUUCUUUACAAUCUGAUUGCACAUAAUUGAAUUCGGAAGGCCCUACCCCCAGUCCAGAGUCAUUUUUUCUCAAGGAAGCCUUUCCAGACCCUUUAAGGUAAAAGGUUCUUUUGAAAGUUCUAUGAUCUUUGGGAAACCCUGAACUUCUUAGCUUACCUCAGUUUAUAAUGCAAUAUUUGUGAUGGUGCGAGUGUCUCUGUCUUCCUUAGACCGUAAGCCCCAUGAGGGCAGGGUCCAGGUCUGUUUUGUUAAUACUGGCUGUUAUACACUGUGCCUACCGCAAAGCAGGCAUGAAAUAAAGAGAUUUCUGAAUAAUGCACAAAUUGAAAGGAGUAAAUUUUUGGAAGGUAAACUGGCAAUAUCAAUAAAGACUUCUAACGGGA